AUGGAUGUCGAGCUGGCCGCAAUUCAGAGGAAUGCCAGCAAGGACAGCGACCAGUUUCUAAUCGCGUUUGCAGAACCGUAUGACACCGACAACCCCAAGGACUGGCCCACCGGCCGCAAGUGGGCUGUCACCGACGUUCUCGCAACCACUGGCUUCAACCGUAUCAUGGUCUCCACCAUUAUGGCACCUGCACUGCCAAUAAUUGCAGCAGAGCUCGAUAUGAACUCCGCCGAGUCCGCCAUGGCCCUCUCAAUCUACCUGCUGGCGACCGCGAUUGGACCGCUAUUCAUCGGGCCCUUGUCAGAGGUCUACGGCCGGAAACACAUCCUGCACGCGUCUAAUAUCUGGUUUUUGGUGUGGAAUCUGGUCUGUGGAUUUGCAAAGACUAAGCAGGUGUUGAUCGCAUCUCGCUUUCUUGCUGGCUUCGGGGCCAGUGCUAUUUAUGCCCUGGCGUCUGGUGUUCUGUCCGACGUAUGGCGACCUGAGCAGCGAGGUCGCUCUCUUGCUGUUUACUUGCUUAUUCCCUUGCUCGGCGCUGCUGUUGGCCCCAUAAUCGGCGGCUUCAUGGCCGGCCGUACCACCUGGCGCUGGAUAUUCUGGUCCACAUCCAUUUUCCAGGCCGUGAUGAUCCUUGUUUCGUUCAGCGUUUUCCGUGAAACUUACGGUCCGCUCAUUCUCAGGUCUCGAGCCGAGAGACUUCGGCAUGAGACCGGCGAAGGGCGCUACCAAACACUAGACGAGCGGCUCCAUGGACACAAAUCGCCUGGGGAAGUGCUUGGACGAGCCCUGAUACGACCCCUUCGCUUGCUCGCUUUCCAUCCUAUUGUUCAGAUUUCCGCGGUCAUUGCGGCGUUCGACUACGGCAUUCUCUACAUCGUCAUGUCGACCUUCUCGCAGCUCUGGACCAGACAUUACGGUCAAUCGGUCGAGCUCAGUGGACUGCAUUACAUGGCCUGUGCACUUGGUGAGGUAAUCGGCUCUCAGAUCACCUCGAGGCUCAUGGACGGUCUGUACCGGCGUUGGACGGUUGGCUGGGAGCGCCCGCAUACCCCCGAAGCCCGUCUCCCCACAAUCCUAUUCGGCGCGAUCCUCGGCCCCCUCGGCCUCUUUAUGUACGGAUGGGUCUCGGAAUACCGUCUGCAUUGGGCUAUUGUGGAUCUUGGUAUACUAAUAGCCCUGGGGGGUAUACAGAGCAACGGGAUGCCCCUGCAGGCGUAUGUGAUGGAGUCUUACCCGGAUCAUACUAGUAGUGCGUCCGCUGCCAGCCAGUUCUUGCGCAGUCUUACAGCAUUUCUUUUCCCGCUUUUUGCCCCGCACAUGUAUGAGGUUCUGGGGUAUGGCUGGGCGAAUAGUAUUCUGGCGUUUGGCGGUCUUGUCCUCGGGGUCCCGGCGCCUUUUGUGCUGUGGUUCUUUGGGGCAAAAUUGAGGGCGCGCGCGCAGUCUAGUUACUAA